GCGCCAACGCCCUCCGCCCAUCGUGCUUUGCGAAGCUGUCAUGGCGGCUCCCUGAGGCCGGUCGCGGCACAUGGGUUGGGAGCUCGGUGGCGGCGGUCAGUGAGGGAGUAGCACCUCAGUCUGGCUGGUGGGGAGCCGUAGAGUGAGCGCGAGGCGGCGGCAGCAGCAGCAGCAGCAGCAGGAGGCGUGGAGGAUGUGGGCGCUGGAGUGGGCGCUCUUGAGGGGCUUCCCCAGCGCCGCGGAGUCCCGGCGGGGGAAGCAGAGCGAGUUGACCGCGGCAGGAAGUGAAUCCUUACUGCAGUUGCAUUUCGAAGGGAACUAUGAGGCCAUUUUAUUAAGUGAAGUGAUCCAGGAUGUUUUCACUACACUCACGAUGACAGAGGAGAAGAUUGACACCUACUUGGAGAAGCUGAUAGUAGCGUACCUGGACUGUUCUGCUGCAGAUGCUGAUAACGUGGAAAGGUGGAAAUCAUUGAUUUAUUAUAUACAAAGGUUGAUAUUUCUGCUUGGCGUGGGCAGUUUGCAGCUCUUUGUUCAGAGCAAUUGGACUGGACCUCCUGUUCACUUACAGCCUCAGGACUUUUUGCCAUCUUCAUUGUUACACCAGUUCUGUGAGCCCAAAGCAUUGUGUACAGCUGUUCUGAGUAUGCUGGUUCUGGAUGGUGAAUCAGUCUAUAAUCUGACUUCUCUUCCUAUCUUGCUGAUGUUAGCCAGAGUGAUUCUUGUGCAUUCAAGACAUAAACUUGCUGCUAUUCAGACAUUGCCUUGGUGGACUUUGCGAUAUGUGAAUAUUCACCAGCAGUUGCUAGAGGAGCGAUCACCUGAGCUCUUCGCUCUUGCCCAGAGUUGUAUAGAACAAGUGACAAACUUAGAGACUUUGUUCACAGAUGAUGAAUGUUGGCAUUUGGCAGUUCAGUUCCAUCUUGAAUGUGCCUAUACAUUUUUGAAUUACUAUGAGUAUAAAAAUGCUAAAAAGCAUUUCAGCGCAGCUAAGGACAUAACCAAACUACAGAUUAAUUUGACAGGUGCUUUGGGAAAAAGGACACGAUUUCAGGAAAAGCAUGUAGCACAGCUGCUACUUGAUGUCCAAAGAAAAGAUGAUGUCCUCCUUUCUCACCGUGAGCUAAGCCCAGCACCUACUGAUCUAGAAAAUUUAACAAAGAAUUAUGAUUUAAAUGAUGACACAGUGCUAAAUGAGAUAAAAUUAGCAGAUGCUAAUCAGUACCAGUUACCUGACCUAUGUGCAGAAGAACUUGCUGUUAUCCUUGGAGUUUGCAUAGAUUUCCAAAAGAACAACCCAAUACACAAGCUAACUGAAGAGGAGCUUUUAGCAUUUACGUCGUGUUUACUUUCACAACCUAAAUUCUGGGCCAUUCAAACUUCAGCCUUACUUCUCCGGACAAAGCUUGAGAAAGGAAGCACUCGUCGAGUGGAACGGGCAAUGAGGCAGACUCAGGCACUUGCAGAUCAGUUUGAAGACCAGAAAACAUUGGUAUCUGAACGACUGAAGAUUUUCUACAGUUGUCAGGUGCCUCCACACUGGGCCAUAGAGCGACAACUUGCAAGCUUACUCUUUGAACUGGGGUGCACAAGUUCAGCUCUACAGACCUUUGAGAAGCUGGAAAUGUGGGAAGCUGUAGUAAUCUGCUAUGAAAGAGCAGGACAGCAUGGGAAGGCAGAAGAAGUCUUGAGACGAGAGCUAGAAAAAAAGGAAACACCAGGAUUAUAUUGCUUGCUUGGCGAUGUUCUUAAAGAUCACCAGUACUAUGACAAGGCUUGGGAGUUAUCUAAGCAUCGCAGUGCCCGGGCCCAGCGCUCCAAGGGCCUCCUCUAUCUUCGCAACAAAGAGUUCAGAGAAUGUGUGGAGUGCUUCGAACAUUCGGUGAAGAUUAACCCCAUGCAGUUGGGUGUGUGGUUUUCUUUGGGCUGUGCCUAUUUAGCUUUGGAAGGCUAUGACGGUGCUGCCAGAGCAUUUCAGCGCUGUGUGAUGUUGGAACCUGAAAAUGCUGAGGCCUGGAACAAUUUAUCAACUGCAUAUAUCAGAUUGAAACAGAAAAUCCAAGCAUUUCGCACUCUCCAAGAAGCUCUCAAGUGUAACUAUGAACACUGGCAGAUUUGGGAGAAUUACCUUGUUACCAGUACAGACAUUGGAGAGUUUUCAGAAGCAAUUAAAGCUUAUCACCGGCUCAUGGAUUUACAAGAAAAGUACAAAGAUGUGCAGGUGCUGAAUAUUCUGGUCAGGGCAGUGGUGGAUGGAAUGGCUGAUCGCAAUGGAGAGAUGGCAACGGGGUUGAAGGGGAAAUUGCAGGAGCUGUUUGGCAGAGUGACUUCAAGAGUGACAGGUGAUGCGGAAAUUUGGAGACUGUAUGCAAAACUCUGUGGAAAUGGACACAGUGAUAACCCUGAAGAUACUGAAAAGUCACUACAGUAUCUCACCAAGGCACAUAAAUGUGAAAUGCAAUCAGCAGAUUGGGAGAAAGAUAUUUCGUCUUUUAAAGAAUUGGUGAAAGGAGCCAUAGAGCUUGCCCAUGUGGCAAUAAAGUGCGGUAAAAACAAAUCUAAUCACCAGGAAGCUUUGCAGAUUCUUUCUUCAGCUCGACUCAACCUGCGUGGAUUGACAUCCAAAGCAAAGCAACUUUUUGCCGAUGCAACAAGCAGUGAGGUUUCCAGUGAAUUAGUUGAUGAAGUAACAGCUAUGGACAGCAUGAUUGCUGAACUGCAAGAAAUGAGCAACCAGCUGAGGAAUCAGUGCUGAGAUAAAAAUAAGAUUUCCUAGAAGGAAGACAACGAUGGCAUACUUUAUUUGCUCCAGUUUCUGCUGAUGAAAUUGCAACAACUGUAACACACAACACAAAUUUUUAAUAAAUGUUUUCCUGUA